CACAUAUCUCAACCUCAAAUUUAUGAGUAGGAUAAUAAAAUAUAGUUAUGGAAUAAACUAAUGCUAUUUGUUGUGAUUUAUUUUUUAUCAUUUCGCAAUGGCUAUUUGUAAAUUUUUUCUGCAAGGCGAUUGUAGAUUCGGUGAAAAUUGUCGCUUCGAACAUCAAUUAAAUCCUGAGAAAGCUGGGAACCAGUUUGGCAACAUCCAAAACCAAAAUAAAAUUUUGAAUCCUAAAACUGGUACUGAGAUAGAGUUAAGCACUCUUCUCAACUCAGUGAAGAAUGAUGUGGUUUCUGGUGAAAAUGGUAAACAGUGGCUGCUGUCCUGUUAUGCUCCUUUCAAGGAAAAACCACUGUAUCCGGGCAUUGUAGAUAUGAGUUUCGAAGAAGUGAGAUUUGGUUACAUUGAAGCCCAAAAAUCUAAUACCUUGGAACAAUAUAAUCAAAAAUUGCAACAAUUACUGACAGAAGCAAAAAUGAGAUACAAGUCUCUUGAAAACCCUACAAAAGAAAUUGUUGAAUUAUUGAAGAAUAUAUAUAAUAACAAUUUGAACACUGAAAAUAACAGUAUGUUCAGUCAAAAUCCACAAGCAAAUGGUACAUUGAAAGGAUUAUUCGGCAUCAAUGCUUCAGCAAGUUUAGGUCAACAAAAUUCAUUAGCAGGUAGAGUCAGUAUAUUCGGUCAACAAAAUGCUUCUCAGAACAACUUUGGUCAACAGAAUGGUAGCGUUUUUGGCCAAUCUAGUUCUUCAAUCAAGGCUGGAAGUAUUUUCGGCCAGCAGCAGAAUACUACGAAUAUAUUUCAACAAAGUACUUCAACCCAGAAUAAUGGAACGUUAUUCAACCAGCAACAGAAUACAAGUAGUAUUUUCAGGCAGAAAACUGGUAACAUAUUUGCCCAGCAACAAACCGGAAGUAGCAUUUUUGGCGGGCAAAAUAACGGAAGUAUUUUCGGUCAGCAAAGCUCUGCUGCAAGUGGUUCGAACAUCUUUGGUCAACCAAAUUCGUUUGGAAGCAUAUUUGGACAACAGAAUAAUCCUACAAAUAUUAUUGGCCAACAAAAUGCUUCUCAGACCAAAAGUACACCUUUUGGCCAACCGAGUUCUCCUGCUGUGAUGGCCAAACCGAGCAUUUUUGGUCAACAAAACACCAAUAGUAUAUUUGCUCAGCAAAACCCAACUCAAAAUAAUGGUGGUAGUAUAUUUGGUGGACAAAAUACAACUAAUAUUUUUGGCAAACCAAAUAACGUUCAAGGUACUGGUAGUAUUUUCGCCCAACAAAAUAACCCUCAGUCUACAGGAAACGUUUUUGGACAACAAAAAUCAGUUCAAAGUGGAGAAAAUUUAUUUGGCAUGGAUAUGACUCAGAACAGUAAUAUAUUCCAAGCAAAAUCGCAGACCGAUAACAACCAACAGACAAGUUCGGUUUUUGGCUCGAAUAAUGUCAAUUUUUUCACUGGAAAACCUGUAACUGGUGUUUUUGGCAACGCCCAACAAACAAUGCCAUCUCAGCAGACCUACCCUCAAAAUACAGUACCACAGUCAGGUGCAAUAUUUGCUAAAAAUCCUGAACCAACCAAUCUUGUCAUGAACCAAAACGCAAAUUCCCUCUUCCAAGCACCAAGUGUCCAACAACCUACCUCCAUUUUUGGAUUGAGCGCCAGCAAAACACCUCUAAGUACCUUCAAUUCUGGGAACCCUUCGAAGGAAAAAAUAAAAUGGGAGGCCUACUCUAAAUUAGAAGAUUUGACAGAAGACGAGGUUAAUUGGUUCAAUAGUGAUAUUUUCGACAUUGAAAAAAUACCGGAAAAACCACCAGCUUAUGAGAUGUGCUUUUGAGUGAAUAUUAUCUUUUAUUGAGGGAAGUUACAGGAUAUAAAUUGAUUCAUAUGUGAUAAUGAUAUUUUUUCUUCAAGAAUAUUUUGAAACCAAUAUUUUAGAUUCUGAAUUUUCAAUUUGACAUAAUUAUUUAUUGAAAUUUUUAUAAUUUAUUGUAAGAACAGACUGAGAAUUGUAUAUUAUGUAUGUUCAUAUAAAUAAUAUGUUAAA